AUGGCUACUAAGCCGGAGAAUGCAUCUCUUCCAAUAUACGUCUUUCCAGAUGAACAAACCGGCGCAUUGACUUCCAUUUCCUAUCGCGAGUUCGGUAGAGCUACUCAUCGAAUAGCCCAUGCACUCCGACCCAGUCGUACUGGAGUUGAAGGCGAGGUAACCGCAAUAGUUGUUCACACAGACACCCUCCUGUAUACAACUUUAAUAGCCGGUCUGAUGAUUGCAGGGAUCGUGCCGUUUCCUAUGUCUCCUCGCAACCCACCGCAGGUCAUAGUAGAUUUACUUCUCCGGACAUGUUGCCGUCGUAUAGCAUCCAUCACCCCGAACCACGCCGCUCUCCUUGAUGAUGUCCAGCGCCUUAUGGGGAAUAGUGGCACCACUCUGACAAUCAUCGAGAUACCCCCCAUAUCAGAAGUUUACCCUCAUUUGGGCAACGAAUCUCUUGUCCAUCCCUUUGUGCCAUACCCUAAACGCUCCACAAUUACACGGAUAACCGAGACAAUCUUGUACAUGCAUUCUUCUGGAAGCACCGGCUUUCCUAAACCUAUCGCCCAAAACCACAGGGGCCAACUGAGCUGGAUGAACGCCCCUCUGUUAUGGCAAUACCGGAACUACCCAUCGGUCCGUCUUGGCGUAAUGGCCCUUCCCCCGUUUCACAUAUUUGGUGUGGCCGCACAGCUGUAUGCAAUGCUUAUCGGUGUUACAGCAAGCCUUACCGGGACUAAUAUCGUCCUUUGCGUUCCAUAUCAUCUCGAACAGUGGGCCGAUUCGGAAGAAGCACUAAACACGCUACGAAAUACCGGAUAUGUUGUAUAUGGAGGUGGCCCUCUCUCAGAAAAGAAAGGAGAAUUUCUUGCCGCCGCCGGAAUACCGCUUGCACAGCUUUACGGUGCGACAGAGUGUGGUCCGGUCUCCAUUCUUCCUCCCCGAGACUCAGUUGUCAAUGGCAACCCAUACUGGCAGUGGGUCGAGUUCUCUGAUACAGUCAAUAUUCGCUGGGCUCCUCAUGACCUUGAUUUAUACGAAUGCCAAGUAUUGCGAUCAGACAAACUCCAACCAAACGUUGAAAACCUUCCCGAUGUGCAAGGCUAUGCCACUAACGACCUUUUUGUCAGACACCUCAACCCAGAAACAGUUAUGGAAAAUGUACGCCUUUUUUCGGACGAUGUGAUCGUUUUAUCCUCCGGGGAAAAGGCUGUCCCAUCGCAGAUGGAGACAAUCAUCGGUUGUUGUCCAUACGUAAAUGGUGCCGUUAUGUUCGGACGUGAGCGAAACCAAGUUGGAGUUUUGAUCGAACCUACCGUGGAUCAUUUCAUUGAUGUGGAUAAUGAGGAACAAGUUGCCCAGUUUCGAAACCAAGUAUGGCCAUAUGUGGAAGACGCCAAUGCAUCUGUGCCGACUUACAGUUGUAUCUUCAAGGAAAUGAUUCUUGUUGCUCGUCGCGACAAGCCUGUGUCUCGGACUAUGAAAGGCACUAUCGAAAGAAAGGCGGCGCUCCAAGUAUACGAGCAAGACAUCAAUGCACUUUAUGACGUCGUCGGACUCAGCCACGAAGUUGGCGACAAUACCUUACCAUCACAAUGGACAGAGAACGGGCUAGCCUCCUGGCUGUUAUCGCAGGCCACGAAUGUUAGGACGGAUCUAAAACCAACUGUAGAUUUAUUCGCGCAGGGCUUUGACAGCUUGAGUGCCACGUACCUUAGGAAUCGGCUCAUCAGCGCCCUGAAGAGAUCAUGUGAAGUAAGAAUUCAGAGCAUUUCCUGCCUCAUCACCCAAAACAUCAUCUUUGAGAACCCCACUAUUCAUUCACUAGCACGGAAGGUUGCCGCCCUUAUUGCAUGCGCGGAUGGGACUUCGGAGUCUGUACAAAACUCGCACGUCCAUGCAAUCGGGGCUAUGAUCGAAAAAUACUCAACCGGAUUUCUGAAGCUUGACCCUGACUCGAUGGAGAGACCUGCAAAGCGAGCCAGGCUUGAUGGCGGGCGUGUUGUGCUCCUCACUGGAUCCACCGGGACACUGGGAUCCUAUAUACUUGCCGAUCUUCUCGGACGGCCAGAGGUCUCGACGGUCUAUGUUCUCAAUCGAUUUUCAGCAGCUUCAGGAACAUACAGCAGUAUGCGUCAGCUGAAAGCAUUCGAGGAAAGAGGGUUAAAUACACAACUCCUAACCUCAUCGAGGAAGGUCCUUUAUCUUGAGGGAGACGUCUCUCAGGACAGAUUAGGUUUGACACCUCCUACUUACGAACGGCUCAAAUAUUCCGUGAACAUGAUCAUUCACAAUGCGUGGCGCGUCGACUUCAAUUUGGCCCUUUCCUCGUUUGAACCUAAUAUCCGGGGCACGCGGAUGCUUCUCGAUCUCGCGCUCGCUUCUCCGCAUGCCGCUUCUUUGCGGUUCAUAUUCGUUUCGUCUAUCGCAUCCGCAUUAGGUUGGGUUCCAAGUCAGGGUCCCGUCCCAGAGGAACUUCUCGGUGAUCCCUCUAUGGCAAUAGGUUCUGGGUACGGAGAAUCGAAGCACGUUGCCGAACAGAUCAUUGCCCGAUCUGAUCUGCAAGCUACAUCUCUCCGAGUAGGACAGAUUGCUGGUGGACCUACUGGGGUUUGGGCGACGACUGAUUGGGUUCCCAUCCUGGUCAAGUCAAGCUUGGCGCUCGGUUCGCUUCUUGACCUUCCAGGGGUCGUGUCAUGGACACCCGCGGACCGCGUUGCAGCAGCAGCUCUUGACGUUGCCUUGUCUGAGACGCAUGUUCCACUUGUCAACUUCACCCAUCCAAGGCCUGUUCCAUGGCGGACCAUCUUUGAGGGUGUGAGAGAUGCGCUUGUAGCUUCUGGCCAAACAAAACAUCCGCUGCCACUGGAGCCCUAUUCAGGGUGGAUGCAAAAACUGGAACGACGUGCCCACGGCGCGAAAGAGCGCGAUUUCAAAGAGGUCCCGGCGCUCAAAAUUCUUCCUUUCCUCCGAGGUUUCUUGCAGUCCCAGAAUGCUGAACCUAUAUCUGGUGAUGGGGAGGCAGGUAACGGCCUGCAGUUCGUGACGGACAGUGCUUGUUCGCUUAGCAAUACGAUGCAUAAUCUCUCUACACUGGAGUCCGAAUGGCUUGGACCAAGCCAUGCGCGGGCGUGGGUGAAGGACUGGAAUAGCAAGGGUUUUUUUCAAUAACACGCAAAGGUCAGUAGUGCACAUUAUCUGCUUGCUGUACUCACUGUCGUGUAAUAGAUAACCUGUAUGAGUGUUCUCGAUGACGUUCUGGAAUACCAUACGUAUUUGUUAUGACUCUACUAACCCGACCCCGCAUAAAGUCCGUUGUUAUCCGUCCAAUCGCCAAGUGUAUCCAUGCAAUCAUCAAAUGUAUCCAUGCAAUCGCCAAAU